AUGGAACGGUUUCUACGGUUGGGUGGAUUGAGCGGCCUCAACGCUUCACAGGCAUGCGGUGCACCAAGUGAUUCAAAUCAAGUGGAUACUUCAGAAACUGUCUAUAUAUCGUCGUUAGCACUUCUCAAAAUGCUUAAACACGGUCGAGCCGGUGUCCCGAUGGAGGCAACCACUGUCUUUUUCAAUUAUUGCUUUGUAACUUUGACAAUCCCACGAACUGUUAAUAUAUUUUUAAAACAUGGCAACAUCUCACCCACCAAUCAUCAAGAAGUUUUGUGCGUUUUGCAGGUUAUGGGCCUGAUGUUGGGUGAAUUUGUGGAUGAAUAUACUGUGAACGUUAUCGAUGUUUUCGCGAUGCCACAAUCCGGAACGGGAGUAUCUGUGGAAGCUGUUGACCCAGUGUUUCAAGCCAAAAUGUUGGAUAUGUUGAAGCAAACCGGUCGACCCGAGAUGGUCGUCGGAUGGUACCACUCACAUCCCGGUUUUGGCUGUUGGUUGUCCGGUGUCGAUAUCAACACUCAGCAGAGUUUCGAGGCUCUCUCGGAUCGGGCAGUUGCUGUGGUCGUCGAUCCAAUACAGUCGGUGAAAGGCAAGGUAGUGAUCGAUGCAUUCCGAACGAUUAAUCCGCAGACGAUUGCGUUGAAUCAAGAACCACGACAGACCACAUCGAAUCUCGGUCACUUGCAGAAACCGUCCAUUCAAGCACUCAUUCAUGGUCUCAAUAGACACUACUAUUCCAUACCCAUCAACUACAGAACGCAUGAACUCGAACAGAAGAUGUUGCUGAAUUUGAACAAGCAAACAUGGAUGGACUCACUUGGACUGGAGAAGUUUUCAGUGCAUUGCGAAAAGAAUCAGGAAUCAAUGGCGAACAUGCUGAAGUUAGCGAAGUUAUACAAGAAGGAUUUGGAAGAACAAGAAAAGAUGACCGAAGAGCAGUUGGCGAUCAAAAAUGUUGGCAAACAGGAUCCGAAACGUCAUCUUGGCGAAACAGUGAACGAGAUGCUCGCCGAUAAUAUCGUUCAGAAUCUCGCGUCGAUGCUUGAUACAGCUUCUUUUCAAUGA